CAGAAUUACACUCGGAUACACACACGAACACUGAUAUAUUAUAUUAUUAAACUGUGUUUCAAGUUAAAAAAAAAUAAUGUCGCUAAGUUUGGUCAUUAUUAUUAUGUUUAUAUCGAGUGUUAUUGAAACAGCUCCAUUGAACAGAACAGAUAUAAAAAACGAACUUAUCGAGAUCUUAAGCAAAUCGAACUUGUCUAGACCGGAGUUUCAAGUUGCUGAAAACAAAGAUCCACAGGAAACGAUAUCAUUGAAUAGUCUUGAGGGUGAAACUGACGUUGCCGAAAUCCCAAGCAAAUCGAACCUGCGUAGAUUUGAGGAUUCACUCGUCGAUGACCUGCAAGUUGCUGAAGCAAAACCCAUUAAACAGGAAUUAAGUACCAAAAAAGCAGACCGAGCGAAUGACGAUAAAUCACACAAAGCGCGCAGUGAUGACUACUUAACGCCAGGUCCAGUGUUCGGGAAUAAAGAUCACAUAGAGUUGACCCUUCCACUACCGAGGUAUGAAACAGAUAAAAUGGGCAACUGGGUUCACAAUCCGUGGGCCGUUAGUUUUGGCGAUCUGUUUCGAGAUACUCGUUACAAUAUUGGUGGUGAAUUUACGGUAUAUCGAAUGAGAAUUGAUUCGAGACCACAUAUAAACUAUUACAAAGAAAUGGGCCCCUUGAGCACUGUUUGCAUCGGAAGAUCGACACCUUAUAAUAUACCACCGGUAACAGGUUGGCUCUUUCCAUAUUUCUAUACAAAAAUUCGAGAUCGAAAAAUUAUGAUGGAGCUGCGUAAAACGAUAUUUAAAGACGGACGGGCCAUUGAGUGCCAUUCUAGUAAAUAUCCAGAAUUUAGGAGCUAUAUUGACUGUGCACUGCUACGUAACAUGCGAUUGGAGUUUUUGAUUCCCGAGUAUCCCAAACACCAACUUAUACCUGACCAAUACACAGAAAUUGUCUGAUCAUUUGAUCGUGAUAAUAAAGUUCCAAGCAGAAGAAAACUCGUUAAACA